AUGGCCCCCCUCGCCCUCCAACUAGCCACACAGGAUGAUAUCCCGUCCCUCUCAGAGCUUUGGUACAAAUCUUUCAGUAUCCCAAUUAACCUCCUCAUGUUCCCAAACACGCCAGGUAUCCGAGCGUGGUGGGACGAAGCCAACGGCCACGAUCUGCUCCACAACCCGCAUCGUAAAUACCUCAAAAUUGUCGAUCCCGCUGGUGCCGUGGUUGCAUACGCUAAAUGGGACCUGGACCCACAGCACAGUGGCGCGCGUUUUCCCGAGUGGCAUGCAGAGUCGGAUCGAAAGACUUGUGAUUUAGUCUAUACUGAUUUGGACAAGGAGAAGAAGGCGUUUUUUGGGGAGCGGAGGUUUUACUAUUUGGAUAUGCUGGUUGUGGAUCCGGAGUAUAGGGGACGGGGCGCGGCUUCGAUGUUGAUCCAGUGGGGCUGUGACCUUGCGGAUCAGGAUGGUGUUCCUGCUUAUUUGGAUGCGCAUAUUGAUGCAGCGCCAUUGUAUCGGAAAUUUGGAUUUCAAGAUCGCGAGGAUAAGAUUGUUACUCCCGAGGGGGCGCUGUCGAUGAUUCGGGAGCCUGUGGCUAAGUAG